CAUUUACAUGGAUUUAUGCGUAUUGCACUACGCCAUAACAUAAGCCUAACUUCUCCGCUAUCUUCCGCGGGGGACACUUUCCUACAACAUUCAUGAGUUCGCAUUGUCAAUGGCAGCGCCACGCAUGGCAAAGUUGGUCGGGAUGCCGUCGCUCGAGAACGAUCACAGGUGAUCUCGCUGGGAGGAGGGGUGGAGAAGACUGUUACCAUCGAACGGUAGUUCAUUUGGUUUUCCGGGACGCAUCGAUAUAUGGCUAUGAACCCAAUCCACCUGCUUUGACUGAUAAAUAAGUAUGUUGGAGACUUAUGCUCUAUGACCUUUGAUACAUCAAUAUGUUCAUUACCUGUAAUUUGAUCACCACCUACAUUGAUAUCUAAACCAUACCGGUACUCAGGAACUAAAGUAACCAAAUUGAAAUUUUCAUCAUGGGCUCGCUAGACCAACCUGUUCUUGAUUACGAAGUCCUCAUCGUAGGCGCAGGGUUCGCUGGAGUCUGCGCCCUUCAUCACAUCCGAGAACGCUUCCCCUCGUGGCGCGUCAAAGUGCUUGAGGGCAGCUCAGGUGUGGGUGGCACGUGGUACACCAACCGAUAUCCUGGUGCGCGAGUUGACACGGAGUCGCUCACCUACCAGUUUUCUUGGGAUAAGGAGCUACUCAACGAAUGGCAUUGGAAAGAGACAUUCUCUACUCAGCCAGAUGUAUUGAAGUACAUCGAGCGAGUGUGCGAGAAGCACGAUCUCCACAAGGACAUACAACUCAACACCCGUAUAAAGUCGGCACAAUGGCUGGCCAACACUGAUGCUUGGCUCUUGACGGACCUUGAGGGCGCACAAUAUCGCUCUAGAUUUUUUGUCAGCUGCUUGGGUUUCCUGUCUUUGCCCACCUUGCCUCUGAUACCUGGAAUCGAGGAUUUCAAGGGCCAGGCUUUCCACACGUCAGCUUGGCCAGCACACCUGGAUAUCAAGAAGGACCUCGCUGGCAGGAAAGUUGGCGUCAUCGGAACCGGUGCGACAGGAAUUCAGACAAUCACGGCGAUAGCGAAGGAGUCCGAGGUGGAAUCGUUAACAGUGUUCCAAAGAACCGCCAAUUGGUCGGCGCCGCUACGCAAUACGGAGAUAAGCAAAGAACAAAUGAGAAAGCAUGCGGAGGACUACGACAAAAUCUUCGGUCAAUGUGCUAGUACUUCGUCGGGUUUCCUGUACCAGGCCGAUCCACGAAAAUCUUCCGAGGUCACUGAUGAAGAACGUACCGCGUUGUGGGACAAGUUAUACGAUGGCCAAGGGUUCGGGAAGUGGCUUGGCGUCUUCAAAGAUACCUACACCGACCGUGAUGCGAACAGGCUCUACUCUGAGUAUAUGACUGCCAAGAUCAGAGCACGCGUCAACGACCCCGAGGUUGCCAGUUCUCUGGUUCCCCGGGAUCACGGCUUCGGCAUGCGACGGGUGCCACUUGAGAGUGGAUACUUCGAGAUCUAUAAUCAGCCCAGCGUGCAUCUCGUAGACUUGCGAAAGACGCCGAUUGAGACGGUCAAUUCCUCUGGAAUCCGGACGAAGGAUGACAGAAUCCACGAGCUGGAUAUCCUCAUCUUCGCGACUGGAUUCAAUGCCAUCACUGGGUCCUUCAGCGCCAUCGACUUCCAUGGCAAGGAUUACCGGCCUCUACUGGGCCAUAACAAGGAUGCCAUUUGGAUGGACCACAAGCCCAGGACUUUCCUUGGCAUCAUGGCGCCGGCUAUGCCCAACUUUUUUAUGGUUCUCGGGCCUCAUCAGCCGUUCGGCAACGGUACUCGCAGCCUCGAGAACGCGGUGGAUGUGAUAUGUAACAUGCUCCAGCAUAUUUUCGAUCAUAACUAUACGUAUGCCGAAGCAAAGCCGGAAGCGGUUCAGACUUGGGGAGAACACGUUGUGGACUGUAGCAAGGGGCUGCUAGGCAACGAGGUGGACAGCUGGAUGACGGGCGUGAACACAAAUGUGAAAGGAAAGCAGGAGAGGAGUAUCGCCCGCUAUGGGCCGGUGACUGGAAGCAUCUUUGUCGUCGAGAAAAUGGGGGAGAUGGGAGAGCAUGACGAAGACAAGAGCAACGCCGAAUUUGGAGCUGGGUCAUGGCUGCGGAGGAAUAGAACAGCGGCGUUUACCAUGGACCAGAUGAGCACCGCAACAAAGCUCGAGACCAUAAUCUAG